UCCCCAGGUCUCCGCAUUGAUCGCAACUCUCCUCCGCUGCGCUCCAGGACCCCGAUGGCAGCCGCCGCCAGCACCGCGUUCCUUCUGUGCCUCGCGCUUCUGCUCCUGCUGUCCGGCAGGUCCGGGGCGCCGCGCGCCGACGCUCACUCUCUCUGGUACAACUUCACCAUCAUCCAUCUGCCCAGACCUGGACAACAGUGGUGCGAGGUCCAAGUCCAUGUGGAUCAGAAGAAUUUCCUCUCCUAUGACUGUGGCACUGACAGGGUCUUAUCUGUGGGUCGCCUAGAAGAGCAGCUGAAUGCCACAGAUGCCUGGGGAAGACAACUGGAAAUGCUGAGAGAGGUGGGGCAGAGGCUCAGACUGGAACUGCCUGGCAUUGAGCUGGAGGAUUUCAUCCCCAGUGGACCCGUCAGGCUGCAGGCCAGGAUGUCUUGUGAGUGUGAAGCCGAUGGACACAUCCAUGGAUCCUGGCAGUUCGGAUUUGAUGGACAGAAGUUCCUCCUCUUUGACUCAAACAACAGAAAGUGGAUAGUGGUUCAUGCUGGAGCCAGGCAGAUGAAACAGAAGUGGGAGGAGGACAGGGAACUGACCGUGUUCUUCUGGAGGGUUUCAAGUGGAGACUGCGGGAGCUGGCUUCAGGACUUCCUGAUGUGCAGGGAGAAGAGGCUGGAGCCCACAGCACCGCCCACCGAGUCCUCAGGCACAGCCCAACUCAGGGCCUCGGCCACCACCCUCAUGCUUUGCUGCCUCUGCCUCAUCCUCCCCUGCUUCCUCCUACCUGCAUCUCAGAAGGUGAUGCUCUCUGGUUUGACCCCAGCCCACUCCACGUUUAGCAGAGGCUUUCCUCGUCAGUACUUUGGAGAGCUUGCCCUGGUCGCUAACAAACUUCGUGCAGCUUCUGGGCACGCCAUUGGGACUGUCAAAUGUUCAGCCAUGGAUGUGCAAGCACUUGAAAGGCUUUGGGGACCUUGCAUGGAAAUUAUGAAAAGGAACAUCGCCACCUACGAAGAACAAUUAGUCGUCUUGUUUGGAGCAGACAUGGAUAUUGUUGAGCCGACUGCAUGA